ACGUACGACAAGUGGCAAAAAUCGUCGCGAUCUCGCUACUAUCUGUUCUAAGAACGUCGAACAAGCUCGAAAUUGCCUUCUCAUGGAGCAUGACACGCUCUCACGUUCUUAGACGUGAUUUAAGAGACACCAGGAGUCAUCAGGUGAGAUCUGUCGAAGCACAGGCUGAUCGAGAGUAAUCGAAAAGGCUCCAAUAGUUCCGAUCACAGCGCGGAGAUUAUACAAGAACAUGACUGUUCUUUUCCCCUGUUUUAGUGUUUUCUCAUUUUAGUCACGGCGUGAAAACAUCGACAGAAAGAUCGAAAGAAGGAGAGAGAGAGAGAGAGAGAGAGAGAGAGAGAAGGGGAGGGGACAGCUAAGAAUCAUUCGAUCUGCGCAUAAAGCAGAGAUAAAAUCGAGGAAAUCGUUGCGAGGGUGAUGCGUCGAAAUCGACCAACUUCCGUUCUGUCAUAAUGAUGCGCGGACGAAUCACCUGCCGUGUUUCGCGCAUCAUGGCGACGCUCAGCUGGUAGUGGGUCUGCUGCUGCUGCUAGUUAAUGAGGGGUAUGUGACGGUUGCGUUCGGACGACUACUGCGAGUACUGCGACAACAUCGUUACGCCUCGAUCACGUUUGGCAAGGGUGAUUCGUGCUGCUUCUCGCGACGAGUCGACGGUGUGUAUUGUCGUGCCGCGACGAGCGGCGGUCCAGGUCGUCCAGGUAAAAUGGCAAGAAGCACGGUCGUCGAAUGUGCGUUGAAAGUCGCUGUCUCGCUGUCGCCGUCGUCAUCGCGUCUGUACGGAAGCCUGUAAUCGCUCGCGCGGAACGAGGAAGCGGGAUCGCGAUCUCGAGUAGACGUACGCGAAUGCUACGCGCGAGCGAUCUGUAAAGCUGACAGCUCGCCACCAGUGAAAGAGAAAGAAAGAAAGAAAGAGAGAAUCAUGGGCAACUGCUUGAAACGUGCCACCGGCAACCAACAGGACAAUACCACUCUCCUGAGCAAUAAUCCCGAGCCCAACGUAUCCACGAGCGGAUCUUCGCAAGAGGGUCUUGGACCACCAAUCCCCUACAACGUAAUUCACCAAGCAGCUUAUUAUCCGUCGAUCGCUACGAGGGAACGUCAUUUACAGUCUACCAACUUGAAUAUUGGUCACGGGAUUGGAGUCAACUUGGUACAGAGUAUUGGCUCUGCUGGUUUAAGCGAAGAGGAACAACAAGUGAGAAUUGCGAAGCGUAUAGGACUGAUACAGCACUUGCCAAUGCGAGAGUACGACGGUGCUAAGAAGGGCGAGUGCGUCAUAUGCAUGAUGGAGCUGCAGGUGGGCGAAGAAGUGCGCUACCUUCCCUGCAUGCACACCUACCACGCGAUCUGCAUCGACGAUUGGUUGCUGCGCUCGUUAACAUGUCCGUCAUGUAUGGAGCCAGUGGACGCGGCGCUAAUUAGCUCAUAUCAUCCGACUACUUAAUACAGGAGUGACGGGAAUUUUCAUCGAUUUAGCCGAACGGCGAAUCGCAAUUAAAUUAUCAGGCUAAACAUGAAGUGUAACUGAAGUGGCAGCGAGAGAAAAGAGAAAGUCGCUACUUUUGCUAUAGAACGUAUAAACGCUUCUGAGUAGUAGAGAAAUUGCGUGUUAAUGAUCCGAUUGUAUUUCGCCGUUAUACACGAUAUAUACAUGCGCGCGCGUGAUGUUUAAUAUAAUAAUCUAUACAACAAAGAACACACACCCUCCCUAUAAAUCCGCAAGUAUUUUGUUUUUUCUUAGAUUGUUUCCUAUGAAAAGGAGGACGAGACUUGAUUUUAAUUAAAUCCUAGUAAACAUCACAGCCCCCAAAUUCUUUUUCGUAGUGAGUUUUAAUUGCUUGUACAUUGAUUUUUCAAUUAAAAACGAAAAUGAGGAGGCGGCUCGAUGUAAAAGUGCAAUAAAACGUUGAGUAAGCCUCAUGUACACUGGUAGGUAUAGUAUAUCGGAACAAUAAGUCUACAUCAUACAUACAUAUAUAUAUAUGAAUAUAUAUAUAUAUAUGUGUAUAUAU